AUGGGCAAGAAGGAGGAGCCGAAGGAGGUCGUCGUGCCGGUCGUGAUCGAGCCCGAGAAGCCCAAGAUGCCAACGGGGUACGAGCUGGUCUACAGCCUCUUCUCCCAAGAGGACACGGAGGCGCUACUCGCUGCACCGACGACCGCCGACGCGCAGGCAACGCUGGAGCGGCUCCUCGGCGUCGCCCACUACGCGACCAACUAUCGGAGCCGCGCGCACGUCGACCUGUGCCACUAUGCGCUGGCAUUUUGCAAGCACGCGUUCGCGUGCGAUGUGCAAAAGACAGCGCUGACGCUCCUCGUCGUGCACCGCCUCUUUACGACCGCGACGACGACGGCGGCCACGUUACCCGAGACGUACACCGAGCUCCAGACGCUUCUCACGCAGCACAGCGUCGAGAUGCCUCCGACGCAUGUUGGUAUCUUCUCGACCAGCGACGUCCAGCACAUCGUCGAGUACCUCGGGAGCACCUUCUUCCAGCACUACGCCGCGUACCAGUUGGCGUUCCGCGGUAGCCCAGACGUGGUGCGCACGACGCGACAGCUCGUAGUCGAGACACCGAUGACGCCAACGCCACUCGCUGACGCCAAGGAGCUUGGCACCGAGACUUGCGAUCCGUGA